UUUAUAAACCAACUAUCUAUGUAGACAUUUCACUUAUUUGCUGCCACUGCAGCAUAACUUUUCAUCGUGAUGGCCUCAAUCAGAGCAUCCAGAAUUAUUCCCAAUCUGUCUAGGAGAUCCCUAAGACCAGUAUAUCACAAAUCAACCUCCAUCCCUUUCCGAGCAAUAGCUACUUACUGUCCUCCGACACAAGCAAAAGCCAUCUCCGUUCUUCCUACAAAUAUCGAUACCUCUUCAGACGAAUACAUUCAAAAUGAAUCUCAAAUGAAACCUCUCCUCGAUCAUUUAUCUUCUCUCACGGCUAAAAUACAUCAAGGUGGUCCUCCUAAAGCACGUGAAAAGCAUAUUGCACGCAAAAAGAUGCUUCCUAGAGAUCGUAUCACGGCACUUAUAGAUCCGGGUACGUCUUUCCUGGAAUUAAGUGCAUUGGCGGGACAUGAGCUUUAUCCCGAGGCGGAUGUACCUGCUGGUGGGAUUAUCACCGGCGUGGGUGUUAUUGAGGGGGUUACCUGUAUGGUGGUUGCAAAUGAUAGUACGGUAAAAGGAGGGACUUAUUACCCAAUUACUGUGAAGAAGCAUUUGAGAGCACAGGAAAUUGCAAAGGAAAACAACUUACCGUAAGUUCGGUUCAAUUGAUAUGGAUGUUCUCUAUGUACUAAUAUUUCACAGUUGUAUCUAUCUGGUAGAUUCAGGUGGAGCCAAUCUUCCACAUCAAGCAGAUGUCUUUCCCGAUCGAGAGCACUUUGGUCGAAUUUUUUUCAAUCAAGCAAGAAUGAGCUCAAUGGGAAUCCCACAAAUAGCUGUCGUUAUGGGCCCCUGUACAGCAGGUGGUGCCUAUGUUCCCGCCAUGUCUGAUGAAAGUAUAAUCGUGGGCGAACAAGGUCAUAUUUUUCUAGCCGGCCCACCUUUAGUAAAAGCCGCAACUGGUGAGGUCGUAACAGCUGAAGAACUUGGAGGUGGAAACAUGCACAGCUCCGUAUCCGGAGUAACAGACUAUCUCGCCGUCGACGAUGCUCAUGCCAUAGUCCUCGCCCGCCGCUCCAUCAGCAAUCUUAAUUGGCCCACCAAACCAUUUCCACCACCAACGUCAUACACAGAACCCAUUUACUCCCCAGAAGAAUUAACCGGAAUAGCUACCACCAAUCUCCGCAAGCCUCUCCCCAUUCACGAAGUUAUUGCUCGCAUCGUAGACGGUAGCGUCUUCUCCGAAUUUAAACGCGACUAUGGCUCUACACUCGUGACAGGCUUCGCCCAUAUCUAUGGGCACAAAGUUGGCAUCAUAGCUAAUAACGGUAUUCUCUUCUCUACAUCCUCCCUCAAAGGUGCUCACUUUAUUGAACUCUGCACUCAACGUCAAAUCCCUCUUAUUUUCCUGCAAAACAUCAGUGGGUUCAUGGUAGGCACCGAUGCCGAACGUGAAGGUAUUGCGAAGAAUGGUGCAAAACUAGUUACUGCAGUCGCAUGUGCCAAUGUACCUAAAUUUACGGUCGUAGUAGGAGCCAGUAAUGGUGCUGGUAAUUAUGGUAUGUGUGGCAGGGCGUAUAGUCCACGAUUUUUAUGGAUGUGGCCAAAUGCAAAGAUUGGAGUCAUGGGGAGUGAGCAGUUAACUGCUGUUAUGGAGACAGUUGGUAAGGCAGUCGACCCGGAGUUGAGGGAUAGAAUUGAUAGAGAGAGUGAGGCGGUUUUCUCAAGUGCUAGAUUAUGGGUAUGUUGUUUACCGUGAAUGGCUAGAAUUGAAGUAACUAACAAACUGUAUAGGAUGAUGGAGUGAUUCCACCAAGUCAUACGAGGAGAGUAUUAGGUUUAAGUUUGAUGGCUGCUUUGGGUGGGAAGAACGAACCGGUAGAUACUAAAUUCGGCGUCUUCAGAAUGUAAAGUUAGUGCUUUAGAAUGAGAAAUGAUGUAUGAUAUAUACUCUAUGCGAUCUGUCAAGUUGCAAUUAGUUAAAAAUCCUUCAUUCUAAGAAGAAUAUGAACAAGUCC